GUUUUCAUUCUUGAGAGUCCAUGAAGACUCAAAAGACAGGCAAUCAGAUAGACUGCUGUACAUAGAUAGAUGGAUAGUUGUCCAAGAGGCUUUUUUCUAUAAUCACAGUAUAGGGGCUGUUUUUAUACUGCUGGUAAUGAUUUUUGCUUGUUUGAUAUAUUCAAAGGCUGAAAGUAGCUUACUAUAAACAAGCAAUCCCCCAAGGAGUUUCCCCAAACUCCCCUAGAACUCCAGUGUUGAAAUUGUGAUACUAGAAAGGUAAAACAUGAUGGUCUUGUGUUCCUUUUUGCCACCUACACCAAAUAGAAACUCUGCCCAAUGAAGAUGUACAUUUUCUAGAGUUUGAUUCUUGGAGUCCACAUACAUGGAAGGAGCGGGGGGUCAUACUGGGAAUAGAGAGUCCAUUUUGACAUGAACAAUUUGACUGAAUAGCAGCUAUCCAGGGACAGAAGACAGGUGUGGGAAUGUGUUUUCAUGAUUUCUCCUCAUGAAUGCUUCUUUGUCCUUUCUCUGUUAAUCACUGCUUUAUUUGUGUCUGCAUAAAGAUGAGCCACAUAUGGAGAACCGGACUGCAGUGAUGGAGUUCAUCCUCGUGGGUUUUCCCAGCAACCGUCAGCUACAGCCUCUGCUUUUUGUAGUGCUGCUUCUCACCUAUGUCCUAACUGUAGCAGGGAAUAUUCUUAUCAUCAUCGUCACUCUCGUGGACCAUCGUCUCCAAACCCCCAUGUACUUCUUUCUUAGAAACUUUUCUCUCCUCGAAAUCGGCUUUACUUCUGCUGUCGUCCCCAAAGCCUUAGAUAUCCUUGCAUCAAACCAAACAAUUUCUUUACCAGCGUGUUUCACUCAGUGGUUUCUUUAUUUCAUGCUGGGCACUACAGAGUCCUUCCUGUUAGCAGCAAUGUCCUUUGAUAGAUAUGUGGCCAUACGUAACCCUCUGCGCUAUACCACCAUCAUGAACUCUCAAGUCAGGACCCUUCUGGUGCUGGGUUCCUGGAUUGCAGGGUUCCUCCUCAUUAUUGGCCCUGCAAUACUGCUCUUCCACAAGCCUUUCUGUGGCCCAAAUGUCAUUGACCAUUUCUUUUGUGACAACUCUCCACUUCUUAAGCUUGCCUGUGGAGAUACCAAGCUCUUGGAGUCUCUGAGUUUUGUUGUAGCUGUGUUUUCUUUGUUGGGCUGUUUCACUGUCACUGUUGUGUCUUAUAUUAGCAUUGUCAUCACAGUGAUACAAAUGCCUUCUGCUGCCAGAAGGCAGAAAGCUUUCUCCACUUGUGCCUCUCAUCUGGUUGUGGUGUCCAUCACCUAUGGCAGCUGCAUCUUCAUGUAUGUCAGGGCAACGAAGGACAGCGAGGUGGAUGUCAGUAAGGGAGUGUCUGUUCUCAACACCAUGGUGUCUCCUCUGCUCAACCCCUUCAUUUAUACCCUGAGGAACAAGCAGGUUCAGGCGGCUUUGAGGGACAUUUUUAGCAAGGGUGGCAUGUUUUCUAAAGAACGAAAAAAAUAA